UGUGUUUUUCCUUGUCGUCCCAGUAUCAGGGGGAUGUACCCAGGAUAACAACAGCUUGAUGUCAGAGAUCCAUGGUUCAGGUGGCUGAUGAUAAAUAGCAGAACGCCUCCACCAGAACCUACCAUACCCACAACCAGACCUACCAUAAUCUACUACAAGCAGAUCGACCACAACCACAAGACCUACCAGCACAACCACAAGACCCAUCACCACCUCCACCACCACCAUCAGACCUUCUACCACCUCCACCUUAACCACAACCUGCAGGAAAUUGGCUUGACAGCAGCCAGGAUGAGAGGAGGAGCCAUCACACUGGGCCUGCUCCAGCUGCUGCUGCUGGUGGAGCUCGGCCACACGGCUGCGCUCAACUCCACCAUUAAGGUUGCCCCGCAUAUCACCAACCCGAUGCGCUGCCAGCGUGAGCGGCCAGACUUCCGCUUGCUGACCCCGGUCGUCAUCAGGUCGUACGUGCCCACGUGUGACGACGACGGCAACUUCACGCCAAUGCAGUGCUCUGGCUCUAAGGGGUACUGCUGGUGUGUGAACAUCUACACCGGAGUGGAGAUCCCCCGCCCCAGGACACCUCCGGGAAAAAUGCCCCCCAGAUGUGAGCUGCUGGUGGAGCUCGGCCCCACGGCUGCGCUCUCCAACACCCUGGAGAUGGCCCACCAUGUCACCCACCUGACGCGCUGCCAGAGUGAUCGUGAUGCGGCCCGCUUGCUGCCCCCAAUUGGGUCGUACGUGCCGACGUGUGACGACGACGGCAACUUCACGCCAGAGCAGUGCUGGGCAUCCACGGGGUACUGCUGGUGUGUGAACAACUACACGGGAGAGGAAAUCCCCGGCAGCAGGACACCUCCGGGAUACAUGCGCCCCAGAUGUGAACUUCCGGAGGAGCUCAGCCCCACGGCUGCGUUCUCCGACACCCUGGAGAGGGACCACUAUAUCAUCCACCAUAAACUCUGCCAGAGUGAGCGUACGACCCGAAUCGGGUCAAACGUGCUGACGUGUGACGACGACGGCAACUUCACUCCAGGGCAGUGCUUUAAGGGGUACUGCUGGUGUGUGAACAUCUACACCGGAGUGGAGAUCCCCGGCAGCAGGACACCUCCGGGAAACACGCCCCCCAGAUGUGCUUCCGAUCAUGAGCCUUUCAGUGGAGACUUCUGUCCCCCUGGUUGGACGAGAUAUGGCAUACGUUGCUUCAACUUCAUCGAAAAACCAACCAGAUGGAUCCAAGCCCAGAUCAACUGUAGGUUCCAGGGCAGUAACCUCGUAUCGGUCCACAGCCAGGAAGAGAACCGCUUCCUCCAGGAGCUCAGCGCUGGGGCCAGCUUCAGACCCCCCCUCACCUGGAUAGGAGCCGGAGACUGCAUGGAGCCCACGGUGUUUUUGUGGACGGAUGGCUCGGCGUUUGACUAUGAGAACUUCCCUCGAUUCCCAAUGAAUACCAACGGAAAUUGUGUUGGGAUGAAUGUUCGUUUCGAUAGAGGGAGGAGGGUCUGGAUGAAGGGCUCAUGCGAGUCCCUGAACCCCUACAUCUGCGCCAAUAACAUCUGAACCUGUGAUGACAUCACACCACCAUGAUGAAAUCACACCCCUCUUCCUCUCUCUAGAAUCUUUCUCUGUUUCACUGCUAAUGCUUACCACACUGCUAAAGCUACCUGGCAGGCUAACACUGCUAAUGCUAACCAGACCAAGCUUACCAGGCUCAUGCUACAAGGAAUAUUGACAAUUCUAAUAUUAAAAGGUAUGCUAACCCUGCUAAUGCUAUGAGAUGUUAUACACAUUCUUGGUUUUUUAAAUGGUGACGGAUGUUUAGUUUCCCCGAUAAAUAAAUGCUUUAAAAUGA